AUGGCCAGUCACAUCAUCGGCAAUCGCAAUAGCACCCCGGACGCUUCCAAAUCCACUCUCCGGCCCCCGUCGUCGUCCCGUAACCUAGGCUCGCAUCAGCUUCGAGCGUCGGCCGAUAUGUCGGGAUUUCCGUCCCCCUUGUCGUCCCGCAGCAUCCGUCCGGCAUCGGAGGUGUACUUCAAUCAGCAGUCUCAAGCGUCGAACAAUGCAGAGGACCCUCUGGAUCGUGCGGCCCAACAGUGGCUUGCGGAUAUCGAUCAGUACGAAACCACGCUAGAAGAAAUGGCCGCUGCAACGCUUGAUCAGGAUUUCAAGGAUGAGCUCAGUGCGAUCGAACAGUGGUUCCGUGUCCUCAGCGAGGCGGAACGCACUGCCGCACUGUAUGCUCUGCUUCAGCAAACGACUCAGGUGCAGAUCCGUUUCUUUAUCCAGGUUUUGCAGCAAAUGGCCAAGAGUCACCCCAUGUCGGGAUUGCUGUCACCUGCGAACUUCGGAGAAAAGGAUGCUAUGUCUAACCGCCUGAAUGACGCUAUGUCCAAAUUGAACGUGGACAGCUCUCGGAACUCUUUGGGUCGUCCCCCGCCCUCUCCAGGUGCCAAGCGCAACUCGGGGCUGGACUCCUCGACCAUUAAUGCCAUGUUCCCGGACGCCGCUGCAGCCAUUGCGAAGAAGAAGGCCGAGUUCACCCAGCAGACCGGCAACGCUCCCCCUUCAAACCGUAACAGUGCUGUAUUCGGCGAUCGGACUUCAUUCGUUGCACCUACCAUCUCCGCUCCGGACAACAAUACGGACAACCUAGGUCAGCCCCCUGUAUCUCCAUGGGCCCAAAGGGGCCCUGAUAGUCAGCCGCCAAUUGCUCGACCCAAGUCGUCCUCUGGUCACCAGCCCAUGGGGCAGUUCAGUCAGGCGUCUUCUGGCCUCCGCUCUCCCCUCCCGCAGACUGCUACGAUUCCUGCGCCCGAAAUCGAGGCCCCUCUUUUGUCGCCAUACAAUGUUGGUAAUGCCAGCUGGGCUUCCAUGACCAACACUCCAAUGACGGCUACUUUCGCGCAGCAGCAGCAGCAGCAAAACUCGCAGGCUGAUAUGGUGGCCAAUGCGACGGCGAUGAAGCUGGCUGCUCUGUCGACUGUGAACAACCGUAUUGCGCUUGACGAUGCUCGUAAAUAUCGUCGUGCUCGUUCCAACGACGGACAAGGAAAGAAUGCUAACGCCAACAACAACACCAACCAGAACAUGCCUCAAGGCGGCCUCGCAAGCCCGGGUCUUCCAGGCCCCAACCACCUUGUUGCUGGACAACUUUUGAACGCACAACAGCUGGCAGCGCUCCAGGCGCAGCAGCAGGCUGCUAUGGCGGGUCGGCGUUCUCGCCCAACUUCCCCUGGAAUUGCUAUGCAAGGAGGCGCUCUCGGUCCAAUGGGAUUCACUUCGCCUCAGAACAACGGAUUUCUGGCGGCGUAUGACCCGAAUAACCCUCUCAUGGGCAAUGGACUGGGUGCGCUUGGCAUUGGACAGUUUAGCCUCGGCGGUCAUGAAGGCUAUCUCUCGGAUCACUCGGAGGUCACUCGCGGCCGCUCGCCACGAGGCCGUCGUGGUAGCUCGAAGCCGCCAGAGGAUCCCACCGACCCUGCUCUGUUGAAGGACAUUCCCAGCUGGCUGAGGUCUCUGCGUUUGCAUAAGUAUACAGAAAACUUGAAGGAUCUGAAGUGGACUGAGCUCGUUGAGCUUAACGACAAAGCUCUGGAGGAGCGUGGCGUUAAUGCUCUCGGUGCCAGGAACAAGAUGCUCAAGGUUUUCGAACAGGUCAGGGAAGCCAAGUCUGAUGGCAAGCUUGACAACAUUAUCUGA